UUCGGAUGUUUCUUCCUUUGUUUGACACCGAAAAGAAUGAUCAGCCGGAUGAAUCAAAACUAACCGGUAAGGCUGAUGAAUCAUCCGAAUCAAAGACAGUUGGUGUGGAAAUUGAAAAGAAAGAUCAGCCGGAGACCAACCGGUAA